AUGAAGUCGUGGGAAGUCAUCGCCGACAAGGGGAAGGAAACCCUGCACAUCAGGGGGUUCCUCUGCCUGUACUGGACCGAUGAGAGGAUCCGGGGAUACCCGACAAGGACGAAGGGCAAAGUCCCGCCCGAGAACAUCUGGAGACCGAGUUUCUUCACGUGCGCGGGGUUCAGCCUUGGAGAAGGAGAGAAAGGGACGAUGGUGCCGGAAUUCUACUCGGGCGGGCUCGACAAAGAAGGCGUGACCGACGGCCGGCUACAGCUCUUGAUUCCGAUGAGCCUCCCCGGCGGUUUUGACAUCUCGAAUGGAGACAUCGAUAGGUUCAGGUCAUUCCCGUUCGACUCCACAAGGGUUGACCUAUCCUGCACGAUGAUGUGUGCGGGCACGCCGUUGUGGGUGAAUAAAGACAUCUCGCUGUCCCUUCGCCGGCCGCAGAUGCAGACCCCGGGGCUGGAGCACUCGCUGGUGCAGCAGUUUGAUUAUGACGGCGUCGACAGGAACAGCAACGACUACGAACUCAGCGGGCUCUCUAUGGCCGCGGGGUCCCACAACCCGCCGCCGUUCCUCAGGAGCAACGGAUGGGAAGAGGGCGAUAAGAUGUGCGACAUUCUCGUCUCCCUGCACAUACGCCGCUCGUACAUCUUCUACCUUCACAACGGCGUCAAGCCUCUGUACACAAUCGCGGCGUUUGGAUUUUUUGGCUACACCAUGGAACCCAGCGACCUCGCAAACCGAAUCGCUCUGGGCGCCGUGCUGUUCCUGUCCAUAUACGCCGUCCAGUGGACCACCGCGGGACACAUUCCGAGGCUUCCGUUCAAGACGGUCCUGGAUAACGUGAGCGAGAGCGUCUCCUUGGUGCUGUUUCUGAUCCUCAUCGGCAACGCCAUCGCGUACCAUGUCGGGAGGCCAGAAAGGGACUGCGUGGACUCCGAGUGCGAUUUCGACGAUAAGAGGGCGGACAGGGUGGACCUGAUCUGCGGACUGUUGGUGUUGGGAUACGUGCUUCUGUACAGCGUGGGAUACAGGACGGUGUUUGCGGCGUGGUGGGCGAAUAAGCGGACGGGCGCGAGCAGGCCGUGGACCAAGGGACCGUACCUGAGGAACAAGAGGUUCCUGCCCACGGAGGAGGCGUACCACCUCAAGAUCGACGACGCGUUCGUGUCGAAGCACGGAAAGAAGUUUCUGGGGCAGGGAGAGAAGAUUAGCAGCCCGCUCGAGCGUUGGUGA